CCGAAUACUCCGCGGCCAGGGUGGUGUUCAAAGAGCUUGAUGCGAAGCGAGUACAUCUCAAGGGGCAAUUUCCGAGUUCACUUGUCAGCGUCUUCACUGUCCCGCAUCAAUUACGCCACGAUCAUCCCUCAUAGCGACACCUGUUUCGCAUGGCGCAAUGGAUUGCGCCAUCGCGGUCGAAAUGUCGACACCAUAAUCAGGGUGCCACAUACUCACCAAGGUCAGCGAAUGAGCAAUUUUGGUCAUCUCGCCAUAUCGGUCCCGGGGUAUGCCAUUGAUUGCCGACCCAAGGUUGAAUUGAACAUAUAAAUAAACCUCCAAAGACUCGUAGAAGCCCCUUGAAGCUCCAUACCCAAUCCACAGCGACAAUAAUGGCACCAGCAGCGACAGAGACAAUCUCCAACCCGGCUGCAGACCGCGUGAGCAAAAGGAUUCACCAUGGGCGGUACAAGGAGAUCGAAGUCCUGAGGCUGGACCGCGAUGUCGAAGAAGGGAAGACGGGGGAAGUUCCAGCCAAGUACCCCAAAUAUCUACCAACGUGGAACCCAGAGCAGAGGUAUCCCCCUCUCCAAGACUUCGAACACUACGAGCACGGUCUGGAUGCCGACCCCUCGUUCCCCAAUUUGCUACCCGAGGGGGCCAAGGUCACGCAUCUGACGCCUUCCAUUGGCACAGAAGUCCAUGGUAUCCAGCUCAGCUCGUUGAACAACAAGGGGAAAGACGAACUCGCUCGCUUCGUGGCCGAGCGUAAAGUGGUCGCCUUUCGGAAACAGGACUUUGCAGACCUGCCGAUUGCGGAUGCACUCAAGUUUGGCGAAUGCUUUGGUCGCCACCAUAUCCAUCCCACAUCUGGCUCGCCUGAAGGACACCCCGAGGUUCAUCUUGUGCACCGGGGUGCUCAGGACCAGGGACACAAGUCCUUUUUCGAGUCGAGAACUACCUCUACAGAGUGGCACUCGGACGUCUCAUACGAGAGACAGCCUCCAGGAACCACAUUCCUGUACAUCCUUGAUGGGCCAGACACUGGCGGUGACACUCUGUUUGUAGAUGGUGUAACCGCUUAUAAGCGUCUCAGUCCUCUUUUCCAGGAGCGGCUUCAUGGUCUCAAAGCCACGCACUCGGGCAUCGAGCAGGUCAACGCCGCCGUUGCCAGAGGUAGUAUCAAGCGAAGGGAGCCUGUGGUCAACGAACACCCCAUCGUCCGCACGCAUCCGGCGACUGGAGAGAAAGCUCUCUACGUUAACUCCCAGUUCACUCGCGACAUUGUAGGUCUCAAGCAAGAGGAGUCCGAUGCUCUGCUCAAGUUCUUGUGUGACCAUCUUGCGUUCGGGGCCGACUUUCAAGCUCGCGUCAAGUGGGAACCUGGGACGGUGGUAGUCUGGGAUAAUCGUGUGACGCAACAUAGCGCCCUGGUUGACUGGGAGAACGGACAGCGCAGACACCUGGCACGGAUCACGCCCCAGGCCGAGAGGCCGUACGAAACACCUUUCAAUGGCUAGUUGCCGUCUGAAAAAGUCUUAGAAUGACAAAUCUUGUAUUGAGAUAGGAAUUUGCUCACUUGCCCGUAGAAAAGAGUGACGUUGAGGUGGACCCGCGCCCUGCGCAAG